UCCCCACUUGCAUUUUCUCAUUUCCUGGUUGCUGCCUGUGAAUAUCGUUUCAACGAAAUCUGAAACAUUUUAGACUUCCUGUAUUAACUUUAUCUUGCCUCCCUUGCUGCUCCCUAGAGUCCCUUAUACCCAAGGUCAGCGAGUGGGCUAGUGCCAGACAGACGUGGUGCCAGAGGUGGCUAAUGUCCUGAUUCUUCAUGUUUCUUUCCACCUCAUUCUUUGCAGCAAAUAAUAACAGAUAGUUUAUAAAGAAGUUAUGGCAUCAACCGCCUCAUUUGAUUGGUCUGAGUUAAACGAGAGCCUUGAAUCCAAGUUCAAAGAAUACAAUAGAAAGUUUAAUUCUAAGGUUGGAGCAGAACAUAUGACUUUCUCUUCAUGGAAACACUUCACAGGAAACAUUUGCUUCAAUCACAUCAACCGUUGUGAUAUCUAUGAAGCACUUCAUGAUUGUGGUAAAGGCCGAGAAGGAUGUGAAACAUUACAAUUCCAACCAUUCAAAAAGGCACUCGAGAAAUUAUUUGGCCAAGAGAGGAGCCGCCAGGAUGCCAGUUGUCCUUCAGAAGUUUCUGAGAAGGUCCUCCUAUCAGAGGUCAUUGAUAGUCCAAUCAGGGUAUUUUCAUUUUCCCAUUUCCUCAAGUUCCUCCUAGCAGGUACAUCCGCAAAUGAAUCAAAUAUCUCGAAGUACGCAAGUGAAUCGGGUGCAACUCUCAAAGCCAUGGCAAAAACUUCGAUAAAUGAACUAACCGAUAUUGGUGUUGGUGUUGGAUGGAUAGGGCCUGUUGCUGCUUUGUUGAAGAAAAUAUGGGAACAUUUGAAGGCCUACCGAGAUAUACCAGUUGUCCUAAAACAUUUUGCAGAGAUGUUGGUAUACCUUACUGAUGUAUUAGACUUCAUUAAGAGAAACGAACUAUACGAAGUGGAAAUGACACGAAGGAGACUAAAUGGUCUUGAAGAGAUUCUGAAGGAGUCUAAGCUUCUUUUUGAAAAGGCCUCAAAAAAGUCUGCAAAAAAAGUUAGCAAGUUCUUUGAAGCACCAGAAAAUAUAGAGAUAUUAAAAGAUCAGGAAAAUAAAAUUGUCAAUUGGAUGCAGUCAGUAUACUUUAUGCAGCUGACUGAGAAUCAACAAUUGAAUAAAGAGAUGCAUAAAGAUAUAAAGGAAGUGCUUCAAGCUGUGGUGCAAUCAAAAACAAAACGUGAUGUCAUAGGUGAAAUGUUUGUUACGUUUCUGUGUGGAAUUUACCGUCGGGGAUUUGAUGAGGAUGGCUUCAAGAAAACGGUGGAGGAGAUAUUCAGGCGCUUCGACAUCAGUCCCCCAGAUGAAGGUGUCAGUGUCCCAGGAAGGGGCUUCCCAUCACAAGUGCAACCAGGCGAGGGAAUUCAAGCAUUGAGCCAAGGCAACUCUGGUCCGAUUCAAGCUGCAGAUGAUGAAGCUAGUGGUCCUGUCUCCUAUUCCAUUGGUGAAAUAAGCAUGUCAGCGCCACCUGUUGGUCCUACACUCCAAAUGACCCAUCGGAAAAGACAGCCCGACUCCCCUUCAUCAAGGCCCAGCCAGACACAUGGACAUGGACCAUCAGACAGUGUUUCCCCAUCUACUUCGAGAAAAGGAAAUUUCACAGACACGCAGCCUCGCAGUGGCAGUCAAAUCGAACCAGAAGUGCCAGUCAUUCCAUCGGCUCCUCCAGAAAGUAUACCACCUGGUCAAAAUCAGUAUAAUAUGCCACCUUCAGAAAAUCAGGCCUCCUCUACCACUCCAACACCUAGGGGUGAAGGUCAUAUCCAUGGAAACCCAGUCAGGCCUAAAGCCCCUCCAGUUGAAAGACAUCAAAGGCCACUGCCAAGUAAUACAUCAGCAACUGAACUCAUUUUGAAAGAGGGUGAAGAUAUAAGUGAUGUGCUGCUUUGGGUUAGUGACCAUUUUGGAAAUAGUGGGUUCUUAAAUUUUGCCCGCUCUUUGCCAGGUCCAGAGCGUCUGAACACACCAGAUAUCCACGCUGCAGAAUACGAACUUGACAGACAUCACUCUCUUCCCGAAAGAAACAUGGCCGUCCUUGAAUACUGGCAUCAGAGAAAUCCUGCUCAGUGCACUGUCAACACCAUGUACCAAAUGCUGAAGAAGAUUGGUAAAAAUGAAAUGGCCAAGAAUUUGAAGGAACGUUGGUGUCAUUCUGUUUCACCAAGUCCUAGGGCUGCAGUUGUCACUGCCAGUGGCGGGCCAAACAUUGACAGCGCUAAUCUGGCAACUCCACUAGAUAACUCAACCUCAAGGGCAGUUUCACCAAGUCCUAGGGCUGCUGUUGUCACUGCCAGUGGCAGGCCAAACAUUGACAGCGCUAAUCCGGCAACUCCACUAGAUAACUCAACCUCAAGGGCAGGGGAUGUUGUUGACGUAGUGAGUUACCCCGAGUAUGACUUCCUAAUUUUGCAUGAAGAAGAAGACCUGGAAGAUGUAACUGCCCUGAAGGAAUUGUUCAUGAAAAAUCUGAACGGAGCAGAAGUUGCCAUCCUUGCAGACUUCCACACAGAAGGAUCUCGCCCAGAUCCUCUCAAAGUCGGUCUUGAAAAAACAACACUAGUUGCAUUUUAUAUCUCAAAGAAUACUGCCAAUAAGAAUCGUGAAAACAGCAUUAUUGCUAAGUUGAACUUUGAACUUGUAAUUGAGAGUGGAUUAAAAUUUUUUAUCAUUUAUAAGAAUGAUGGUGCAGGGGUUACAGAAUUGUUGAAAGGUGACAUGUCAUACCUGAAGGCAUUUGCUAGUGCAUCAAUGACCUACGAUGUCACAGAACAGAAUUUCAUGAAAAGGAUGAAUGAUUGGUUUACAAGAAACAAACAUCGCACAGAGGAGAGGAGAAAGAAAUGUUUGUCUCCUUGAAGAUGUUUCGGAGACAAUAAGGUCACUUUUUUGUUGUCGGUUAUGUCUGUUACCAUGAUUACAUUGCAUUACUAAAAUCUAAGUGAAAUUCUUCUGACAUCAAGAUAAGUAGCCAGAGUUGGUUCAAAAAAGUUCCAAGUUCUUGUAUAGAGUGUUUUCACGGUCAGCCAUUUUGGAGGGCAGAACAAUGAUUUGUUGCACCAAAUGCUGUCAUGGUCAUUUGGGUUUGCUUACUUUUGUCUGACCCUCUGCAUGGCAGGUGAUGACGUCACGUGAAACCACUCUAUAGAGGACACUGCAGAUGUACAUUGAAAACAAUAAAAUACUCUUGGUAGGACAUCUGUAGACAUGAUUCAUCCACUGACACAUUCUGAUCAAGAACUAUGUAGUGUGCAUGACACAAGCUUUCAAUUUGCAUGCUACCCUUCCCGGUCUCUCCAUGCUUUGCUUCAGCAGUGGGAAGUUUACCCUGUAAUUUACUACAUGUCUAUAAGUUGAAUAAGGAAUUAUAUCAAAUGAUACUAUGUAUGAAUUGUUUGAUUAAAGGACUGCUAGUUUACAA